AUGUCUUCCUUUGAGUUUAUUAUUGUCGGAAGUGGCCCGGCUGGCAGUGCACUCGCCGCCAAACUUGCCAACUCGGCCGCAAAGCCACGAGUCCUGCUUCUGGAAGCAGGUGAGAACAAGGAGGAUCGUAAUCUUCGCGUGGACGGAGAGCGAUGGAUUACGUUCCAAAACCAGUCCAUGAACUGGGGCUACAAGACCUCCCCGCAAAAGGAUUGCAAUAACCGCGAGAUUGACUACAGUCGCGGCCGGUGCAUGGGCGGAUCGAGCGCCAUCAACUUUGGUGUGUACAGUGUUGGCGCGCGUGACGAUUAUCAGGAGUGGGCGCGCAUCGUCGGUGAUGAUGAUUAUGGGUGGCAGAAUAUCCGGAGGAGGUUGAAGGAUCUGGAAACCUUUCACGGAGAGACCCCGGAGGGUAUGGACAAGAAAUACGCCAAUCCAAAGCCAGAGGAUCAUGGUAGCAAAGGCCCUCUGCACGUAGGCUUUGCACGCGAGUGGGAAAGAGACUUGCCCGAGCUGUUGGAUGUUUUCGAGCAGGCUGGAUUUCCCUUGAACCCCGACCAUAACUCGGGUAACCCCAUCGGAAUGUCGGUGUUGAUUAACUCUGCUUAUCAAGGGCUGCGCUCAACGGCAGGGGAUCUGAUUAUUGGCGGAGAGAAGAAUAAUCUGACGAUCGCUACGGAUUCGCCGGUGCAGCGUGUUCUCCUGGAAGGAAACAAGGCUGUCGGCGUGGAAGCGAACGAAAAGAAAUACUAUGCUACAAAGGAGGUCAUUCUAUCCGCCGGUUCACUCAAUGACCCUCGCAUCUUGAUGCAUUCGGGAAUCGGCCCCGCCGCCCAACUGAAACAAUACAACAUCGACGUCGUUCACGAUGCCCCCGCCGUCGGCCAAGGACUUCGCGACCAUUGCUUCGUCCCGAUGGUGAACACUCGCACCGAUAACAGUACGGACCGAAAGGCUUUCUAUGGUUCCCAGGCCGCCAUGGAUGCCGCUAAAAAGGAAUGGGAAGAACAUGGAACCGGCCCCUGGGCAAAGUUUGCUUGUGAAUUGGGUAUUGGCUGGUUCAAGCUUACCGAACAGCUCACUUCCACGUCAGAAUUUAAGGCUCUCCCGGAAGACGAACAGCGAUAUCUCCUUCAGGAGACCGUGCCACACUACGAGAUUAUCACCCAUUUCCCUAUUCACUGGUUCAUCCCGGACUUCCCAGCCGAGGCCUUGAAUUACUCUUGCUUGUUGGUUUUCUUGUUCAAUGCACAGACCCGUGGAGAAGUCACUCUGCAAUCGUCGGACCCCGAUGCUCCGCUUCUUUUCAAUCCCAAGUUCCUUGCCCACCCCUUCGAUCGUCGGCUUGCAAUUGAGGCUCUGCGAGACUCUUUCCGCGUUGCCAAACAUGAAUCUUAUACAAAGGACAAUGUGGCCGAGCUAGCUAUGCCCAAAAGCGAAUCGGAUGAGGACCUGCUCGAAUAUUGGCGCCAGAAUAUCUUGUCAAGUUGGCAUAUGACAGGAACAGUCAAAAUGGGCAAAAAGGGCGACGUUGACGCAGUCGUCGAUCCUGAUUUCAAGGUAAUGGGCAUUGAGAAUCUGCGGAUUGCUGAUAUGGGUGUUGUGCCGGUGUUGGUCAAUGCCCAUGUCCAGGCAGUGGCCUAUGUCACUGGUGCAACUUGCGCUGAAAAGUUGAUCAAGGAAUACAACCUGGCUUAG